AUGGCUGGGCUGGGGGCCGCUCCGCAGCUGCUCCUCCUCCAGCUCCUGAGCCUGGCACAGGCCCAGGGGGUGGGCAGAGGUGGCGCUGUCCCCGGGGAGUCCCUGGGGCCUGCUGACAUCCGUGACUACCAGCAGCAGGCCCCAGCCCGCUCCUCAGACCCCGCCCGGGCCGCCCAGGAGCAGUGGCGCCCUCUGCAGGAGUCGCUGGAAAGGCUGGAGGCUGAGGUGGCACAGCUCAGAGAGCAGAACCAGGACCUGCAGGAGAGGGUGAGGCAGCUGGAGUCCUGCGAAUGCCGCCCGGCUUCCCCCCAGUGCUGGGCGCUGGGACGGGCCUGGCCGGAGGGGGCCCGCUGGGAGCCUGACACCUGCACAGCCUGCGUCUGCCAGGGUGGGGCCGCGCUCUGUGAUCCCAAGCCUGGCCUGCCCCAGUGCCACGGCUGCAGCCACAAUGGUCAGGCCUACGGCCAUGGGGAGACCUUCUCCCCCGAUGCCUGCACCACCUGCCACUGCCUGGCAGGGACCGUGCGGUGCCAGGGGCCCUCGUGCCCAGAGCUCAACUGCCUGGAGAGCUACACCCCACCGGGAGGGUGCUGCCCCGUCUGCCGGCCAGGCUGUGAGUAUGAGGGGCAGCUUUACGAGGAGGGGGCCAACUUCCUGUCUAGCUCUAACCCUUGUCUCCAAUGCUCCUGCCUGAGGAGCCUGGUUCAGUGUGUGCCCAUGAAGUGCCUGGCCAGCCCCUGCCCUGAGCCAGUCCUGAGGCCUGGCCACUGCUGCCCGGCCUGCCAAGCCCCGGGCUGCACAGAAGGUGGCUCUCACUGGGAGCAUGGCCAAGAAUGGACUGUACCUGGGGACCCCUGCCGGAUCUGCCAGUGCCUGGAGGGCCACAUCCAGUGCCGCCAGCGAGAAUGCUCCAGCCUGUGCCCGUACCCCGCCCGGCCCCUCCCGGGCACCUGCUGCCCCGUGUGCGAUGGCUGCUUCCUGAACGGGCGGGAGUAUCGCAGCGGGGAGCCGGUGGGCUCCGGGGACCCCUGCUCGCACUGCCGCUGCGCUAACGGGACUGUCCAGUGCGAGCCUCUGCCCUGCCCAGCCGCGCCCUGCAGACACCCAGGCAGGCUCCCCGGGCAGUGCUGCCCCGUCUGUGCCGGCUGUGAGUACCAGGGACACUACUACCAGAGCCAGGACACCUUCCGGCUCCAGGAGGGCGGCCGCUGCCUGCGCUGCUCCUGCCAGGCCGGCGAGGUGUCUUGUGAGGAGCAGGAGUGCCCCGUCGCCCCUUGCACCCAGUCCGACUCUGUUCCCCAGCUAUGCUCAGCCUGCGUGCUUGGCGGAGAGGAGUUUGCCGAUGGCGUCCAGUGGGAGCCUGACGGUGAGCCCUGCACAGCCUGCUCCUGUCAAGACGGGGUGCCCGUGUGCGGGGCUGUGCCCUGCCCCCCGACCCCCUGCCAGCACCCCACCCAGACCCCUGGCGCCUGCUGCCCCAGCUGUGAGAGCUGCACCUACCACGGCCACGUGUAUGCCAACGGGCACAACUUCACGGACACAGACCGCCCUUGCCACGCCUGCCGCUGCGAGGACGGCACCGUGAGGUGCUCCUCGGUGGACUGUCUACCCACCACAUGCGCCAGGCCCCGGAGCAGACCAGGCCAGUGCUGCCCCAGCUGCCCAGACUGCAUCCUGGAGAAUCAGGUGUUCGAGCACGGCCAGCGCUUCUCCCACCCCCGGGACCCCUGCCAGGAGUGCUGGUGCCAGGAAGGCCACGCCCGCUGCCAGCCUCGGGCCUGCCCCCAGCCCCCCUGUGCCCACCCGCUGCCCGGGCCCUGCUGCCGCAGUAACUGCGAUGGCUGUGCCUUUGGUGGGAAAGAGUACCCCCACGGAGCAGACUUCCCCCACCCCUCCGACCCCUGCCGCCUGUGCCACUGUCUGAGCGGCAGCGUGCAGUGCCUGGCCCGCCGCUGCCCGCCGCCGCCCUGUGCGGAGCCCGUCCUGCUGCCCCGGGAGUGCUGCCCGCAGUGCCCAGCCUCCCCCUCCAGCUGCCCGAGGCCCGGGGGCCACCAGGAACACUUCUUCCCGCCGGGGGACCCCUGCCGCCGCUGCCUCUGCCUGGCCGGCGCCGUGUCCUGCCAGCGGCUGCCCUGCCCGCCCGCCCCCUGCGCCCACCCCCGCCGGGGGCCCUGCUGCCCCUCCUGUGACGGCUGCCUGUACGAGGGAAAGGAGUUUGCCAGCGGGGCGCGCUUCCCUUCGCCCACCGUCCCGUGCCACGUCUGCCUCUGCCUGGAGGGCAGCGUCAGCUGCGAGCCCAGGGCCUGUGCCCCCGCCCAGUGUCCGUUCCCUGCCAGGGGGGACUGCUGCCCUGCCUGUGACGGCUGUGAGUACCUCGGGGAGUCUUACCUGAGCGACCAGGAGUUUGCAGAUCCCCGGGAGCCCUGCAGCCUGUGCACCUGCCUGGAAGGCACUGUGACCUGCGGCCGCAGACCCUGCGCGCCUCCGGGCUGCAGCCACCCGCUCGUCCCCUCCGGGCACUGCUGCCCCUCCUGCCAGGGAUGCCUCUAUCACGGGGUCACUGCUGCCCUGGGGGAGACCCUUCCGGACCCACUGGACCCCACCUGCUCCCUCUGCACCUGCCAGGAAGGUUCCAUGCGCUGCCAGAAGAAGCCAUGCCCGCCAGCUCUCUGCCCUCACCCCUCUCCAGGUCCCUGCUCCUGCCCCGUGUGCCACGGGUGCUUCUCUCAGGGCCGGGAGCGCCAGGAUGGGGAGGAGUUUGAGGGGCCCACAGGCAGCUGCGAGCGGUGUCGCUGUCAGGCCGGCCACGUCCGCUGUGUGCGGCUGCGGUGCCCGCCCCUGGCCUGCCCGCUCCAGGUCACGGAGCCAGGGAGCUGCUGCCCUCGCUGCAGAGGCUGCCUGGCCCACGGGGCGGAGCACCCUGAAGGCAGCAGCUGGGAGCCUCCGGACAGCCCCUGCUCCUCCUGCCUGUGCCACGAGGGUGUGGUCACCUGCGCCCAAGUCCAGUGCGUCAGCUCCUGUGCCCAUCCCCGCCAGGGGCCCGGGGACUGCUGCCCUCGAUGCUCUGACUGUGAGCAUGCGGGCCGGAAGUACGAGCCUGGGGACAGCUUCCAGCCUGGGGCAGACCCCUGUGAAGUGUGCGUCUGUGAGCUGCAGCCUGAGGGGCCUCCCGGACUCCGCUGCCACCGACGGCAAUGCCCCAACCUGGUGGGCUGCCCCGCCAGCCAGCUCCUGCCCCCGGGGCCUCAGCACUGCUGCCCCACCUGUGCCCAGGCCCUGAGCAACUGCACGGAGGGCCUGCUGGGGUCGGAGCUGGCCCCGCUGGACCCCUGCUACACCUGCCAGUGCCAGGACCUGACCUGGCUCUGCGUCCACCAGGCCUGUCCUGAGCUCAGCUGUCCCCCAUCCGAGCGUCACACCCCCGCCGGGGGCUGCUGCCCUGAGUGCCAGGAAUGUGUGGUGGAGGCCGAGGGCCGGAGAGUGGCGGAUGGAGAGAGCUGGAGGGACCCCAGCAACGCCUGCAUCACUUGUACCUGCCAUCGGGGCCGCGUGGAGUGCCGCCGUGAGGAGUGCCAGGCCCUCUCCUGCCCACUUGGCUGGGUGAAGGCUCGAGACGCCGGCAGGUGCUGUGAACGAUGCCAAGCUCCCGCCCAGCCGUGUGAGCACCAGGGCCGCCAGGUGGCCUCCGGGGACAGCUGGGCCGUGGACCCCUGCACCAGCUGCUCCUGCGUGGCCGGCACCGUGCGCUGCCAGAGUCAGCGCUGCCCGCGGCUCUCCUGCGGCCCCGACGAGGCUCCCGCCCUGAACCCCGGCAGCUGCUGCCCCCGCUGCCUGCCGCGGCCGGCUUCCUGCAUGGCCUUCGGAGACCCGCACUACCGCACCUUCGACGGCCGCCUGCUGCACUUCCAGGGCGGCUGCCGCUACGUGCUGGCCCGGCACUGCCGCGGGGGCGACUUCAGUGUGCACGUGACCAACAGUGACCGGGGCCGCAGCGGCGUGGCCUGGACCCAGGAGGUGGCGGUGCUGCUGGGAGGAGAAGUGGCCGUGCGGCUGCUGCAGGGCGGCGCGGUCACGGUGGACGGGCGCCCCGUGGCCCUGCCCUUCCUGCAGGAGCCGCUGCUGUACGCUGAGCUGCGGGGAGGCACGGUGAUCCUGCACACCCAGCCGGGGCUGCAGGUGCUGUGGGACGGGCGGUCCCGGGUGGAGGUGAGCGUGCCCGGCUCCUACCGGGGCCAGACCUGUGGGCUCUGCGGGAACUUCAAUGGCUUUGCCCAGGACGAUCUGCAGGGCCCUGAGGGGCUGCUCCUGCCCACUGAGGCUGCCUUUGGGAACAGCUGGCAGGUCCCCGAGGAGCCGGGGCCCGGGCGGCCCUGCGCCAAGGGCCAGGAGGGGCACCCGUGCCAGGCGGCAGGCUACCGGGCCCGGCGCGAGGCCAAUGCCCGGUGCGCGGUGCUGAAGUCCGCCCCGUUCGGCCGCUGCCACGCCGUGGUGCCGCCCGAGCCCUUCUUCGCCGCCUGCGUCUACGACCUGUGCGCCUACGGGCCCGGCUCCGCGGCCGACGCCUGCCUCUGCGAUGCCCUGGAGGCCUAUGCCAGCCGCUGUCGCCAGGCGGGGGCCACGCCGGCCUGGCGGGGCCCGACGCUCUGCGGAGUGGGCUGCCCCCUGGACCGCGGCUUCGUGUUUGACGAGUGCGGCCCGCCCUGUCCCCGCACCUGCUUCAACCGGCACGUCCCCCUGGGGGAGGUCUCCGCCGCCUGCGUGCGGCCCUGCGUGCCCGGCUGCCGCUGCCCCGCCGGCCUGGUGGAGCACGACGCCCACUGCAUCCCGCCCGAGGCCUGCCCGCCCAUCCUGCUCGCCGGGGACCGGCCGCCCCGGGACCCACUCAGCCCCGGCCAGGAGGCCCGGGGGACGCUGGACCCAGGCUGA